AUGUCGCUGCGGCCGGACUGCGUCGGCCCGGCGGCCGAGGCCGCGGUGGGCGAGCUGGCCGCGGGCGAGGUGCUGCUGUUGGAGAACCUGCGCUUCCACGCCGGCGAGGAGGCCAACGACCCCGAUUUCGCCGCCGGCCUGGCGGCGCUCGGCGACCUCUACGUCAACGACGCCUUUUCCGCCGCGCACCGCGCCCAUGCCUCGGUCGAGGCGCUGGCCCGGCGCCGGCCGGCCGCCGCCGGGCGCCUGAUGCAGCAGGAGCUGGAGGCGCUGACCCGCGCGCUGGAACAGCCCGAGCGCCCGGUCGCGGCGAUCGUCGGCGGCGCCAAGGUCUCGACCAAGCUGGACCUGCUGGGCAACCUGGUCGAGAAAGUGCAGCUCCUGAUCGUCGGCGGCGGCAUGGCCAACACCUUCCUGCACGCCCUGGGCGUCGACGUCGGUGCCUCGCUCUGCGAGGCGGAGAUGGCCGAAACGGUGCAGGAGAUCGUGCGCCGGGCCAAGGCCAACGACUGCGACAUCCUGCUGCCGACCGACGCGCUGGUGGCCCACGCGCUGGUCGCCAAUCCGCCCUACGACACCGUGCCGAUCAAGCAGGUGCCGCACGAUCGGAUGAUCCUGGACGUCGGCCCGGCCACGGCCGAGCACAUCGUCAACCGCCUGGGCGAGGUGAAGACCCUGGUGUGGAACGGGCCGCUCGGCGCCUUCGAGGUGCCGCCCUUCGAGACCGGCACCAACCUCGUCGCCAAGGCC